AUGGCCGUGCAGUCCAUCCCAAUCACGCACGGCGGCGAGAAGCGGCUGAAUGCAGUCGCACAGCUGAACGGUCGCGUCUUCGAUACCGAUCCGGUCAUCGCGUACAUGUUGCUAGAACUGUCGGCGCAGGAACGACGCGCGUAUCUGCCGGCAUACUGGACCACACUUGUCAAGUCGGCGCUGCUGAAUCAAGCUGUUAUUACCGAAGCGGAUGGCUGGAAAGCGGCGUCCGUCAUUCUUCCGCCGGGACGAAGCGUCGAUAAUAUCUUUACUCUUCUGCGGGCUGGAUUCCUGGGUAUAUUGUGGAGAAUCGGAUUUCCAGGUCUUAAGCGUCUUUGGUGCGAGUUCUCGGGCAUGACCGACAAUGCGAAGAGAAAGGGCCUGCGCGGACAAAAGCAAUAUUACUACGUCUUCAGUCUCGGAACCGAGCGCGAACACCGCGGUAAAGGUGAGAUUAAGCUAGACGUUCACUCUCACCUCGCUUCGCCCACUGAUCUCAUAACUCCCGCAGGACUCGGCAAAGCCAUCAUGCGCGAGCACCAACAGGCCGCGCAGGCAGCGAACUUACCCAUCUGGCUUGAAGCGACAACUGCGAGCUCACGGGGUCUUUAUCUCUCGCUGGGAUUCCAGGAAGUCGAGGAGAUCGUGCUGGGGAAGGGCAAGGUGGCUGCCGAUGCGAGUUUGCAGCCCGGUGGACCGGGGGUGUCCAUGUGGGCGAUGGUGUGGUGGCCAAGGGCCGCUUCAGAAUCUACUUCCUAG